UGUAGGAUUUGAUCUUGCUGAUGCUUUCGAUGAAGAUAUAGUAGAGAAUGCAAUGGGAGAUGCAGACCGGCACAGCGCAGGUCAAGGCAAAGCUCGCAGCGCCGGAGCCGUUUCUGAGUCGAACGACAGCGGAUCCGGUAUGGUUGUUGGUGUUGUUUGUGGGAUCGCAGUAGCAGCUGUUGGUGCCAUAACCGGAUACUUCACCUAUCAGAAGAAGAAACUGUGCUUCAAAGCCCAGAGAGGAGACCCGGAGAGCGCCAAAGAAGAGAACGGCACGCAGAGCGACCCACAGGGUGAGCCAUCCACUGAUCAUUUUCACCUUUAAAUCAUGUUUGUCACUGAAUAUUAUCAUAUUUAUAUAACAAUAGAUAGUGCUGUAAACAAGUUAUUCUCUUCUGGUGGGUCUCAGAUCUGCUCAGCAGUGAGAAACAGCAAUGAAAGCAAAUAAUAAAAAACAACUAACCAUAUAAUCAUGCAUGAUUUGGGCCUCGAAAUAAGCAUACUUACCAACUCGCAGAACGGAGAAGAAACACUUCCUCUCUUUUGCUGUUGAUGUCCCAACCAUCUAACGACUACCUAGCAGCACCCUAGCAACCAACCAGAACAGCCAACUACCUAGCAACCACCUAUAACCCCCUAACAACUACCUAGCAGCACCCUAGCAACCAAACAGAACCUUCAAACAACUAAUUAGCAACCAUGCAAAACCCUCUAACAACUCCUAGCAGCACCCUAGUAACCACCCUGGCAACCAACUAGAACCCCCCCCCAACUGCCUAGCAACCACCCA